GCGACGUGCCAAGCGCGUCUGCGGUUAUCUUCUGCGCUUUUGUGUGCGAGUGGAAAAAGAGACCCAAGCCUGAGCAAGAGGGCAAGAGGGAAAGGCUGGAAAAGUGUUGCAGCGUCGGUGUGCACGCAAGGAGCUGGCCGCACCACUGUUCAGCGUCGAUGUCCUGUGAACGACGUUUCUGCCGCCGACAAAUUGAGCCUGAAACGCCUGCCGUGAGAAAUUGUUGGGUUUAAGACGAACUUUACAUCCGAGCGCUUAGCCCCGAGGCCUGCUGACGGUCAACAUGCAAGAGGUACAGCAGCGUGAGCCACGCUUUAGCCCAGUCGCGUCUUCUUUUUCUCGGGCGGAAAUGCCAACGGCUCAGUGCGUUCGCUGCCAUAGUAGCAGCAGUCGGCGCGACUUCACCGUCCUGCCAUGCUUCCACGCAGUAUGCCUGAAGUGCCUCGACGAAGUUCCCGACAAAGGUUGCGACGUGGUCGGCUACAAGUGCCCUGUUUGCCAAGAAAAUCUUUACGCUCUAUCUCAGUCGAUUCUCAUCAGUAACAUUCUGAAUGUUGUCCACGAGGACUACGAUUACAGCGCCUGCAGCAACUGCAAUGAAGGCAAACGGGCUUCGGGACGCUGCCGAGACUGCAACAACGAGCUACUCUGCGACAACUGUGUUUGGGCCCACCAGCGGGUACGUCUCACCAAAGACCACGAAAUCGUGAGCGUCUCCUCCGACUGCACCGCGGCGUCGGCCAUGCCACCUGCAGACAGCCAAACAGGCCUUAAUCAAUCCUGGUCCGACCGCCACGACUGUCAGGUGUUGCGGCUUUACUGCGAGACAUGCUGCGAAGCUCUCUGCAGUGACUGCACUGUCAAGGAACACGGAUCUCAUAGCCUGGUGUACCUGCAGGAUGCGCUGAACAGCGCGCGCACAGCUGUACCGUCUACCCUGGCCGAUAUGCGCUCCGUCGUUACUGUCCUCCAAGAGAGCAUGGAACGCUCCCGCCGCAUGUCGGAACGCUUGCGUGUGCGUACCCAAAAUGUAGCCGCUGAAGUACGCAGUACUGCUGGACGCCACCGCGUCGCUCUGAACCAGCGCGAGCGAGACCUGUUGCAGCGGCUUGACCAGGCACAGCAAGUGAAAGAGCAGGCGCUUAAACGGCAACGUGACCAGCUGAGCGCGAAGCUUGAGCGUCUGGAACGAGCCGCCAGCGACCUGCAGCAGGCAGGUGACGAUCUGGAUUUGCUGCGAGCGCGUCGUGAAGCCCAAGCACAGCUGCAAGAGGCUCGAGACGCACCAACCGAGCCUGCCGAGGACGACCAUAUUGAGUUUACUGCACCCGACGGCGCGUUGCUGGCAGCUAUUGGCACUUUAGGCUUUCUCAGCAGCGCCGGAUACGGACCCAACUCGAGCGCGUCUGGCGAGUCGCUAGUGCGUGCCGUUCGCGGCCGUAGCGCUACAUUCACGGUCCACGCGCGCGACCACUUGGGCGAGUCUCGACUUCUGGGUGGGGACCCGGUCCAGGUGACGGUGCGCGCCCCGGACGGAACCCUAUGCCGCGCCGACGUUGUCGAUCGCCACGACGGCACCUACCAGGUGACCUUUCAGCCACAGCAGGAGGGUACGCACAUCGUCCGUGUCCUGUUGCGUGGAGCAGAUAUUCAGAGGAGCCCAUUUGCAGUUUCUGUGCGUGCCAGUCGCAACUACGCGGCCAUCGGCGAGCCUAGCCUCGUGAUUGGCACUGAGGGCAGUGGUGACGGCCAGCUCUGUCGUCCCUGGGGUGUAUGCACGGACUCCCAAGGUCACAUCAUUGUUGCAGACAGGAGCAACAAUCGCAUCCAAGUGUUCAAUGCAGAUGGAACCUUCCGCCUUAAGUUUGGCACUCGUGGAGAACUGCCAGGUCAAUUUGAUCGGCCUGCUGGAGUAGCCUGGGAUGAAAGCCACGGAGGGCGAAUUGUUGUUGCUGAUAAGGACAACCAUCGGGUGCAAGUUUUUGACUCUCGGGGCACUUUUCUUCUAACAUUUGGCGAAUGGGGCAGCAAGAGUGGUCAAUUCAACUACCCAUGGGAUGUUGCAGUCAACUCUGAAGGACACAUCUUGGUGUCAGAUACUCGCAACCAUCGAGUGCAGCUGUUCCAGGCAGAUGGAACCUUUUUGAACAAGUAUGGCUUUGAGGGGCCCUUGUGGAAGCAGUUUGACUCGCCACGUGGUGUGGCCUUCAUUGGCGACGGUCAUGUGGUAGUCACCGACUUCAACAACCACAGAGUGCUUGUGAUCCGGCCCGAUUUUCAGUCUGCAAGCUAUCUGGGUGGUGAAGGGAAGGAGCCAGGCCUGUUCCAGCGACCCCAGGGCGUGGCUGUUGAUCUGGAAGGUCACAUUGUGGUAGCCGACUCUCGCAACCACCGGCUGCAGGUGUUCCGGCCUGAUGGCAAGCUGCUCGCCUGCUUUGGCUCCCAAGGUCAGGAGCCUGGCCAACUGGACCUUCCUUCGGGGCUCUGCAUCUCUCCUGAAGGCCGAAUCGUUGUUGUCGACUUUGGCAACAACAGGGUGCAGCUCUUCUGAAGAUGUAAGGAUGUGAUCAGGUCUAUGUGGCUGCUAGUGAUUUCAACACCUUUUGUGUUCCCACCUUUUGUUGCACUUUGUUUUUCUUGUAAUGGAAAGAAUUUUGUUCUUAUAUGUGCCUGAUGCUUUGCUUGUUUUGGAGAGGCCUUGUAGUUGCUAUUCUAAACCUGUUCAAAAAUGUGGGCCUGAUGGAGAAUCAAGCACGCUAGUCAGGUGUGAAGAGCAUUCUGGGUCCCUGGCCCAUGUGCAUAAGCCACUAUGAAUUGUGCAAUAAUGUAAGGCAAUGCAGCUGCUCUUGCCACAUCAGUUUUAUAUGCGAUUUUAUUGCCUCGGAGUACCUGCCCAGCAGAAGUACGGCACUUUUUAACAUCUCGAGUGUUCUCAUUUGUGUGGUCACAGGUUUGCAAAGCGUGUCUGAAUGACUAAACAUUCGAGGUUCUAAAGCAACCCAACAAGUUCCUAUUUUAUACAGUAUUGUCGAUUUUAUACUCUGUGUUGCACUGGCCUGAUAGUCUGUGUUUUCACAAGAGUGAAGUUCCUAUGUGCCAUACCAUAAGGUUCCUUCUAAAUGUACAAAAAAAGUAUCAUGCUGCAGAAACUACAAAUAUGCCUCAGGUGUGGAAGAAAACCUAUGCCAAUUGUGAGAAAUUAGUUUAUCAUUGUCACUGGUGGCAAAUAAGAGCUUUUACUCAUUUUGUUUUUGUUUCAGUGUGUCAACUCCAUUGCCACUGGAGGUACUUUUGAUUGUGCUUGAAAUUGUUUGAUCAAUGUGUUUUUGUAUUGUAGUCCAGAUGUUUAAUUUUUUUGCCCGCGAGGCUGUUACUCAGGACUGGCUGCUCUUGACAAGUGCCGAACUGUACACUUAAUAGCACUAAAGAAAAAGCAUUGCAUGCUGUAGAGACCUUGGUCAGUCUGCAUUUGCAUUGCCUGAUGCUCAUUGUGAAAGAUCUGAGUUGUGCUGCAAAGCCCUGUUGCAGUUCAAGCACGUCUCUUUUGCAUUUUUUCUCUACAGAGGUUUUGUUUGUUUGUUUUUAGGUGCAAAUGCAUGUAUGUGUUCACUUGUUUGCAAUUUGCAUAACUCCCUUUUUAAAUGCUUGUUUGGCUUUAAAAGGAGCGUUCUGUGAUAAAUGACGGGCAUUUUUGCAAUCUUUUUUUUCCCCUGGCUUUGAGGCAAAGCAGCACACUAUGUACUCACUGAUGGCCAAAAAAAAAAAAUGCUUGGUAUAGGAAAACGUAGUGUGCUUAAUGUAGGUCUUUGACGCCAUUAGAUUUUUAGAUAUUCCUGGCACCCAAGCUGCUAAAUUUUCUUGCUGUAAGCUACAUUUAAUGCAUUGAACUACUUGGCGAAGCUUUCCAGGAACUAGUGAACAUUCCAAACCUUUCAUAUUGCUUGAGUGCUGUAAACUGAGCACAUUAUGGAAGAAUGAUCUUGAAAGUUUUUAAUGCUUUUCUUUUUGCCAGCAGUGCUGGCAGACAGUGCUGCUUUGGCGAAGUUUCAGAGGCAGAUUCUCAGGAAUUGUAAUUCUGCCUUGUUUUAUGCUAUGCUAUUUUUAUAAAGUUUGUGAUACGAGAAUAAAGUUCCUGAGUUUUUAUCAAAUGGCA